UCCUGUCCUUUUUCCCGCAGCGAUUCGGUCGUCGCCGUCCGAUUUCGACCGAUUAGAAGGGAAGAGGACCUGCUGAGGUCUCUUCCCUUCUCUCUUCUCCCUUCUCCCUUCUCCCUCCUCCCUCCUCCCUUCCUCUCCUCCUAGCUAGAACGGAGGCCCUACCGUUAGGUGGGUUGCUUGUUGAUCUGACGGUUCUGGUUGCUUCGUGUUUUGCCCUAGCUGCUCUGAGAGAGCAUCUCUUCUUUGAGAGCAUACCUCUCUCUCUCUCUCUCUGUGGUGGGAGUAGCUAUGGUGGACGAUUCCCGGGUGAGUGAAGCUGCGGCGGUUAUGGCGGCGAUGGACAUGUCACCUUCGUCAGUGGAAGCGGCGGAGAAGUCCGAUGGCCUCGCCAGUGGUGGGGACCACUCGGCAAUCAGCGAUACAGAAGAUAGAGAGUUGACACUAGAUGAGCGGUAUGCAUUGGCGAGAAGCGUCGGAGAAGAAUGUAUACAGGAUGAAGAACUGCGAAAUCUGUUGGAGAAGAAGAAAGACCCUGUCUGUUAUGAUGGGUUCGAACCAUCUGGGAGAAUGCACAUAGCGCAGGGUGUGAUGAAGGCACUCAAUGUCAACAAGCUGACGAGGGCAGGCUGCAUUUUCAAAUUCUGGGUUGCAGAUUGGUUCGCGCAGUUGAAUCACAAGAUGGGAGGGGAUCUGAAGAAGAUUCGGACCGUUGGGGAGUACAUGAUUGAGGUUUGGAAGGCAGUCGGGAUGGACCAGAGUCGGGUGCAAUUCCUCUGGUCCUCGGACGAGAUCAACAAAGGCGCUGCAGAGUACUGGCCACUGGUUAUGGAUAUUGCCAGACGCAAUAAUCUUGCUCGCAUUGUCAGGUGUUCACAAAUUAUGGGAAGAAAUGACACCGACGAUCUGUCAGCAGCACAAAUAUUUUAUCCUUGCAUGCAGUGUGCCGACAUUUUUUUCUUGAAGGCAGACAUCUGCCAACUCGGCCUGGAUCAGAGGAAAGUGAAUGUUCUCGCGCGAGAAUACUGCACGGAAAUCAAGCGCAAGAAUAAACCCAUCAUACUCUCGCACCGUAUCCUUUGUUUGCCAAAUGGUGAUGUGAAUGUGAAGAUCAAGAAGGCAUACUGCCCACCGCAGCAGGUGGAGGGGAACCCUUGUGUAGAGUAUGUGAAAUACAUUGUGCUGCCAUGGUUCAAGAAGUUUGAAGUGCACCGCUCCGAAGCGAACGGGGGACCGAUUGUCUUUCACGACGUGGAGGAAUUCAUGGAGGCCUACAAAGCGGGACAGCUGCAUCCUGGCGAUCUUAAACCUGCACUUGCGAAGGCUAUAAACAUCAUUUUGCAGCCUGUUCGCGAUCACUUCACAAAAGACCCACACGCAAAGAAACUGUUGUCUACUAUCAAGAACUACAAGGUGACUCGAUAACUGAACAAGCUUUGCAGACGGAUUGGUACUCGUUGUUCGAUGAGCGGGAUCGUCCCUUUUUCUGGCCUUCCAUUUUCUUCCCCGUCGGUAGCAUCGUCGGAAGCUACAUGACUUGGAAACCAUUGAUGAGAGCAUCACACAAGAGAGAGCAGAAAAUGCGAGUGCAGACGGGAUGCGGUGAAGGCAAGGCACAAUCGUCGGUGAGACUGUGGUUCGCUCCGGCAGCGGAACUGGUGUGGUGUGAAAAUGGGAAAAGCAUCGAUGUCCGUUAUGAAGUUGCGCAUCGGAGCGGCGGAGAGAUUUCAAGUCGUGUAUCGAUUGAGAAGCUUGUUGUGUUGUCUGCUUAUUGCGAAGUAGAUAAUCUAGAGAGUUUCGUUCAAGAAGAAGUUUGAAAUUUUCGUGGCUUUCUUUUCGACGUCUUUUUUUUCUUUCUUUCUUUCUUUUUUUUUUCUUCUGGGACUCUCGUGCUCCAGGGCAUUUUGAUUAAGAAGAAAUUUGAAAUUUUGACAGUGUGAAAUUUUGACAGUUUGAAAAUUUUGGCAGUUGGAAAUUUUGAUGGCUUUCUUUUUUCAACGGUUUUUCUUUGUCUUGUGGGACUCUCAUGCUCUAGAGAAU